GAAUAGUCGUCUGACGCGGCUCGUCUGUCUGUUCUGAUGCUCUCUUCCUGAAUUUUCCUGAGAGGUCGUAAUGUUUCAUAUUGCUUGUGUAUUUCGAAUUCAGGCCGGACAAAAUGUGAAUAUAUGAUAGGUUUUGGUGUGUUUAAGUAUGAUUGUUUUUGUUACAAAAAGCCCCGGCUAACGUAAACAUUAGCUGGCCAUUCCACUUGGAUACGUUGAUGUGGGCUAGCUUAGUGCCUCAGCAUGAACUGCUACCUGCUUUGUUGUACCGUCACACAGUUUAUUCAGUGGAAUCUCGUAUUUUGCUCCACGUUGUUACCACCAAGGGCUUCGAAGUGAUAUAGCCAGUUCCUACAACAUAAAGUAAAGAGAUGGAGUGUCAGAGUUCAGACCUUACCUGUGCCAUAUGCUUGGAGUGGUUUCAAGUUCCUGUUGCAAUUAACUGUGGGCACACGUUCUGUCGGGAGUGCAUCACAACUUAUUGGGACAAGUCUAACAUUGGACCUUGCUGCCCCACCUGCAAUCAUAAGUUUGACAUCAGACCUAUUCUUAAGUGUAAUGUGGCCUUGUCAAGUAUCGCUGAAGCUGUAAACAGCACCAGAACAUCAUACGGCGAUGGUGGGAGUGAAGAUGCUGAAUCCGUGCCCUGUGAUCGCCAUAAAAAGCCACUUGUUUACUACUGCACACGGGACAAAAUUUCAGUGUGCUGCGAGUGCGCCAUCUCGCAGUGUGAGAGCCAUCACAUGGUUCUGUUGGAGGUAGAAAGCAAGAGAAAAAAGCUGUUACUGGAAAAGAAGAAUGAAGAGAUGGCAAAACUCAUUGAAGAAACGGAGGAAAGUAUUAACAACCUGACUGAAAAUAUGGACAAAGCUAAGGAGACAUUUCAGCAGACAUCCAGUCGGGUAACGGCAAGGUUUUCCACUCUGCUAAAAGUCCUGGUUGAACGACAGGAGGCCAUCGAGCUCUUCAUCGAGAAGCAAAAAGAGGCGGCCAUCUCUGAGGCACAGGCGAGGCUCUCUGAACUGGAGGAAAGCGCUCAGAAGCUGAGAGCGGGUCAGGCCCACAUAGUGAAUAUCCACAACCGCUCUGAUAUUGAACUUAUCAAGGAAUCAACGCUCAUAGAAGUUCCUUGCCUCAAGAAAACCUCCACAGACAUAACGCCCAUCCUGCAGGAUCGAAUAAGUGGCAUCAUGGAAGUCCUGACUCGAGUCUCCAAGCUGGUGAUUGAGGACCUUGAUAGAGCUGUCUGCACUGCUGUGGGUCACGACAAAGACGGUUCUCCUCAGGAGAAGAGGCCCAUUCUUGCUGUGGUUCCCAGUCCAGCUGCUGCAUGCCGUCCUGGUGGAAAGGAGGGCCUCAGUGCUCACAGAUGCUCGUUGACCUUUGACCCCCACACAGCCAAUGGCAACCUGCUUUUGUCCCAAGAGAACCGAAAGGCAGAGCACUUGACUUCCAGCACUUCCACUUCCACUGUCUUCGAGCACGAGUCCCGCUUUGAUCAUGCCUGGCAGGUGCUGUGCAUCCAAGGCUUCCGACAUGGCCAACACUACUGGGAGAUGGAGGUGUCCAAACCGUGGGCCUGCCUGGGGGUCACCUACAUCACCAUCCCCAGGAAGGAGAAGGGCAGGAGGUGCAUGCUGGGUAUGAACGAUCUGUCCUGGAGCCUGCAGCUGGACGAGGAACAGCUCAGCGCAUGGCACAACGGCCGCAAGGAGACCCUGUCCGGACAGUCUAAGCACAGCCGCGUCGGCAUGCUGCUGGACUGCGAGUUGGGGACGCUCACCUUCUACGGCGACGGACACGUCAGGCUGCACGCCUUCCACUGCACUUUCACCCAGGAGCUCUUCCCCGCCUGCUGGAUAGGCGAAGGCGUCAGCAUCACUCUGUGCUCCACAUGAGAUUCUGAAGUCGCCGCAAAUUUUUUUGCCUUUUUCUUGAAUCUGCUUGUUUUCAAACAGAUUAUUCCAGUCAUGGUGGUGGAGGACCUGAAGUUGGGUCUAUCCAAACAAAAGUCAGAUGACACUUUGGACUGAUCGUCUGUCGAUUAAAGGAAGUGAGUGUGAAUUGAUCCCGUUAACAAACGGCCAUGUUACAAAAGUAGUGUUAGGAUUCCUGCACUACUUCAGCCAGAAGUGUCGGUGUACAUCUCUACUUGUAUUAUCUGUUACAAUACAUGCUCUUUCAAGACUUCCUUUUUUUAAAAGCAUUUUGUCAAAUCUACUUUUAUUCUCUUUAAUGUGAAGCUGGAACCUUAAAGCAAACCAAGAGAAGGCGUUGUGUCACGUUUACUGAUCGUACCCUUUUUUUAGACUUGAAUCUCCUGUUUGAGAGAGAUGUCACUCAACAAUCUUUAGGUAAUUAUUGUAAUUGUCCUGUUCAGCUGUUGGUCAUAUUGAGCUUUUGGGAUCUUACAUACAAUACUCGCAAAAAACUUUGAGAUAUUGGGAUAAAUAAAUUUACAACAGGUGUGUGAAUUUAUCAAUAUAUUUUCUGUCUUUCAGUUGUAACUUGUUGAUGACAUUCUAAACUCAGCCGCCACUUGCCUCUGACAAACUUCUGUUUGAAGCCGCUCACCUGGCAAGAUACCAUUGAUCAAUUGUUAGGCGUUGUCUCAGUCUCUUGGCGUCAAAAUGUGUCAAAGUUAACGCGGUAACUCACGCGAUUAAUCUGCAAAAAAUUAUUGCAUUAACCAUGUAUGAACAACGAUUAAUCGUGCAAUUUAUUUUGACUGUACAUGCUCUUUUACAUUUACUGUGGAUGAUUACCUGAGAGUUGUUAUAUCUGGAAAGUAUUCACAGCAGUUUACUUUUUCCACAUUAUUUUUACGUUACAGCCUUAUUCCAAAAUGGAAUAAAUUAAUUUUUGUCCUCAAAAUUCUACACACAAUAUGCAAUAAUGACAAUGUGGAAAAAAGUUUUUAGAAUUUUUUUAGCAAAUGUAUUUAAAAUAAAAAAAAUUAAAAUCACAUGUACAUAAGUAUUCACCGCCUUUGCCAUUAAGCUCAAAAGUGAACUCAGGUGCAUCUUGUUUCAACUGAUCCUCCAUGAGAUGUCCCUACAGCUUAAUUGGAGUCCACUUAUGGUAAAUUCAGUAGUUGGACAUUAUUUGUAAAGGCACUUUUCCUUCUAUAUAAGUGAAGAAAAAGUGAAGCGCCGUGAAUACUUUCCGGAUGCACAGUAUGAGGUGACUCAGACAGGUGUGCUUUUUGGCAAAUUUCACUUCAAAAUAAAGCCAGACAGUACUUUAAAUAACACCACUACCAAAGGUUGAGCAAAUAAAUGACACCGGUACAUUCAUGUAAAACAUUCUAAAAAUGUUCCUGUAUGACAUUCUGACAAUAAAAUUGCAUUUGUGUCGAAAUAUUGGGGUGUUUUUGUAAAGUUAUGAACGCAAGUAAUUUACUGCAAUUAAUCAAAAUGCAAAAACUGUGAUUAAUCUGGUUUAAAUGUGUAAUUGUUUGGCAGCAUUACUUUAAAUACCAAUCCUCAUUGAACAUUUAUGAAUUGACUCAUCAUGGGUCACACACCUGCAGUGAAAUUUGCCAUUUAGCUUCUUGUUAGACAACAGCAAGUUGUGCAAAAAAUAUAUAUACCCACUCAGCUCGUUCUCUCAAUGUUCCACUACAUUGUAUGACCUGAAAUGUUGUUUGUCUUCAGAGACAUUUUGUUUCUCAUCUGAGCAGGCUUCACCAGUUCAUGCUUACAGACUUCAGUAAGAUGGGACAGCUCGAGUCCAAGGUCCUGGUGCAGGAGGGGACACAGAGAUGGGUGGGCUGAAAGUGGAGUGAGGUAGGCCUCCAUGUCACAGUUCUGAACAGAGAGAGGACACUACCUAUCAUUUCAUCUCAGUCCUUCCUAAGAGAUUUGAUCCUUUACCACAUUGAAUGUCAAUGCAACUGAACGGAACGCUAACGAGUGACUCCAUCCUAACGAAUAUAUUGUUGUGUUGGCAGAGGUAUGUUAACUCGUUUUGCACCACAAUUCAGCCAUAACUAUAACUGUCUGGGUGUGUCUGCAUUCUUAGAGGAUAAGUACUUUGAAUUCUGCACCAUGGCCUCGGACUAGAGCAUGAUGAGGCCUACUAGGAUGAGAGGCAAAACGUCUUGUAAGACAAUCUGAUCAGUCGGAUUGCGAUGGAUUCAAUGCCCUGACAUACAAUCACCACACCACAAUUCCAGCAUGUAUAAAAGCACAAAAUCAAGGACUAAAUUGAAGCACAAGCUCACUUGCUACAUUACAUGUGCAUCUCAGUAAAUAAAAAAAAGUGUGCAUUACAGGAAUUCAAUUAAAGGCUUAGGAAAUUGCUGGGGUUUUUUUGGAUUACAGUGAGAACCAGGAAUUUAUAAUAGUUAUAUAGCUAUUAACAAUCCAUCCAUUUUGUAUACCGAUUACCCUCAUUAGUAGGGCCAUGAGUCUUUGGGCACCACACGAUUCGAUUCAAUUAAAUUCUUGGGGGUAACGAUUCUCAAUUCAAAAUCUCUAUUUUUUUAAUAACAUUGGGUGCCAGUCCCAUGAUUAACUACAUUUCUCCAUAAAAUAAACAGCUCUGAUAAAUGUCUAUAUUACUUAAAAAUAAAAAUUGGUUUUGUUAAUACAAUUCUACCCAAACAUUUAAUCAAGUCAAAUACAAAUAAAGCAACAAGAAAAGUAUCCCACACUUCUCUUUUCUGAAGUAAAUCUGUACACCAGAUAUGGUCAUCUACAUCAACAAUAUGAAUAGCCUGGGUGACUGAACAGGACAGAUUGUAAGGAGAGAAAAAAAAUUAGAUUUUUUAUUUUUUGGUUUAAAUGAACAAGAAUUGCUAUUCAUUCGAAAAAAAAAAAAAAAUUGUUGGACACUGCUACUCAUUAGGGGUUAUGGGGAAGCUGGAGCUCAUGCCAGCUGACUUGAAACCCAGAUAUUCUGUGUGGCCUACAUGAUAACUACUAGGCCACUGCGCUGCCUGAUGUCAACGCUAAUCAUCAAAAUCAAAAUGAUUAAGAAAU